AAUCCCAAUUAUGACCUUCUUUCAAUUCACCUGAUUCCAUGGUGCAAAAAACCAGAUUUUAAAACACAACUCGUCUUUAUUUGUUUUUAUUGGCACUAAAAAUGCUCUUUCUACGGCUCUCAUUUCAAUAUGUGUUCUGGGGCUUGGUUGGUGUUGGUGUGCUUUGAAGCAUGUUGGUACAAAUAAGUUUCCGGCGUGUUUCGCUCACCUUUCGAACAGUUCGCGUGAGUCAACGGACAGCAGCGGUUGUGUCGUGCGUUUCAAACACAUUGCAAAUCUAAGGUGAUGGGUAAAGCUAAAGUGUUUCCGCUUGUGCUUGCACUGUUCGGAGUUUCGGUUGCACUUGAACAAGGACAGCGCUGUGUAAACCCGGCGAGGCAGACGGGUAAGUGUGUCCUGGUUCGUGAAUGUGCAUCACUGCUCGCGAUAUACAGUAAACGUUUUACAACGCCGGAGGAAACGCAGUUCCUCGCAAGCAGUCGGUGUGGUGAGAUUGGCCGAAAAACGUUGGUGUGCUGCGCAAGUGAACAACAAACCAGGACAAGCAGCUUUCCCACCUCACCCGAGUGUGGCAUUCAGGUGACGGAUCGCAUCAUCGGUGGCCAGACCACUGAGCUGGAAGAGUUUCCAUGGACGGCACUGAUCGAGUACCGGAAACCGGGCAACCAGUACGAUUUUCACUGCGGUGGUGCACUGAUCAAUGCACGCUACAUACUAACGGCAGCUCACUGUGUUCAGUCACUUCCGCGCGGCUGGCAGCUAAAUGGAGUACGGCUCGGUGAAUGGGACCUCAGCACGGCAAACGAUUGUUCGGAUGGGAUCUGCUCGGCCGGCCCCAUCGAUCUAGAGAUUGAAAGUUUCGUUGCUCACGCCGGGUACGAUGCGGCUGACACAGCCCAUACCAACGAUAUAGCCCUGAUACGCCUUAGGCAGGAUGUGGCAUCAUCGGAAAUGAUUCGACCUAUCUGUCUGCCGCUGACCGAGCCGCAGCGCAGUCGCAAUCGGGUGGGUACGGUCAGCUUUGCAGCCGGCUGGGGUAAAACGGAAUCGGCCUCUGCCAGUGAGCGAAAGCUAAAGGUGGAGUUAACUGUGCAGGAUCCAAGCCGGUGCAGGCAGAUUUAUCGAGGUAUUAAUAUCGCACUCAAAGCCAGCCAGAUGUGUGCCGGCGGUUUGCAGGGCAAGGACACGUGCACCGGUGACUCAGGUGGCCCGCUAAUGGCGAAGAGUGCGGGCGCCUGGUAUCUGAUCGGUGUGGUUAGCUUCGGGUUGAGCAAAUGCGGCACGGCCGGUUACCCGGGUGUGUACACCAACGUGGUGGAGUAUUUGGACUGGAUUGAGAGCAAUGUGCAGUAGAAAUCAAUCCAGACCGGUUGGGAAAGGAGAUGUUUGUAAACAUACUCUGCGUUCAAUGGAUGUGGGAAAAGCCCUAAUAAAAGUGUGUGUGGUUUUUAAUCAUUGAGAUGUGGCAUGGAAUGUAAGCAAA